AUGGCGAAUCAGAAUGCGGUUCCUAUGCACUUUAAUGAAAUUACUCACAUUUGCUGUAUAGGCGCCCGACACGCUAGUAUCAUGAGCAUGGCGGUAAUUGCCGAAGCACACCCCAACAUCACUGUCACGAUAGUUGACUUUGACCUUAAUGUUUUGGAACCUUGGGUGGCAAGGGACGUCGAUCUGGUAGAGCCAGGUUUUGAACAGCUGUUGGAUGAAGUCUUGGAUGUAAACAUGUUCUUUAGUGACCAAGUACAAGAAUCCAUCAAUGAAGCACAAAUGAUUUUCAUCGGCGUUGAGAUACCUAUCAAAAGACGUGGUAUAGGAGCAAGAUCUCGUUUGGACCUCACUCAAUGGGAAUUAGCAAUUAGAAGUAUAAUGGCAGCUUCCGUGGCGUCAAAAGUUAUAGUGGAAAAGACAACCAUGCCUAUAGACGUUUUUAACCACACUACAAGAUUAUUGGGCCAACGUCCCCAAAAUCAACAAAAUCUAGUGCAGUUUGCAGUUUUUUCGAAUCCAGAUUUAUACACUCCAGGCCGGGCGAUUGAAGACUUGAGGAACCCAGAUCAGGUCGUCAUUGCAAGAAAAUCCAAUGUUGGGAAUGUUAAUGUGUUAGUACAAUUGUAUGCAGAAAUAGUUGAAAAUCCAGAUAGAAUAAUCGUGCUAUCUGAUCAUGUCUCUGCUGAGCUUGCCAAAAUUGGUACAAGUGUAGCGAUUGGUGCAAAAAUCACUCUUAUGAGUAUGAUUGCGACCGUCUGCGACAAAACAGGUGCUAACUUCAACAGCGUGCGACAAGUUAUUGGAGGUGACUAUAGGCUUAAUAACAAUUAUAUGGAUGCGACGUUAGGAAUUGGUGGUCCAGACCUAAUGAAAGAUAUUUUGUACUUCAAGGGUACUCUCCGUGAAAAUGGAUUGGCCACACAAGCGAGCCUAGUUAAUCAGAUUGUCAAGCUGAGCAAAAAGAGGAUAAAGGAAUUUGUGGAACUAGUCUUAACCAAUAUGGUUUCACUCAAUAACAAAGUUAUUGCCGUGUUUGGUGUCACAUAUAAGAGCAACAUAGCCGAUCUUACAAAUUCACCUGCAAUAGCCGUAUGCAAAUCUCUCCUGAAGGAAGGUGCUAUACUUCGCAUUUUUGAUCCUUUGGUGACUGAGGGUGCGAUCAUGGGCUGCUUUCGUAACACUAACAGGGUCGAAGUUGCUGCUAAUCAACAAGCAGCAUAUAACCAAGCGCACGCUACUUUAUGUUUGGUGGCCACAGACCUUCAAUUUGAUUUCGCAGGAAUGAGUGCUGCUAUGACAAUCCCACCCUACUUGUUUAUCGCCUGCAAUUUGGAUAAUAUCGACGUAGUCGAUAUUAGGGCUCUUGGAUUCCAACUUUACAUUUUUGGAAAUCAAUUCCCGUUGAAUUAG